UUUCACGCAUCGAAAAUCGAUAACAAAAUGCCGGUGAAAUAUGAGAAAACAUAAAAAACAUUGUAAAUUGAGUUUAUGGUUGCAAAUAAAAGCGCAGCGGUGCGCUGUAACCGAAUGUUUAAUUGUUUGCUAAAAAUCGCUUAAAUGUCGGUGAAGCUUAAAAUAUUUUUAGUGCUUCUAAAUAUUUAUUGUACGUGUGGCACCAGCGAUAGGACGAAAGAUAAAAGUCUGUCAACCAAAAACGUUGCGCGACAGUUGCCGGGAACUUAUCUAGUCGAAGUAAAAAAGAGACCAUCUACCCGUUUUAAUUGGAUUAACUUCCCGUCUACAAAAUUAGAUAAGUAUCGUCAAGCUUUAACUAAAUUCGUUUAUAUAAAACGAAACAUCACCAAUCUGAAUGAAGUUACUUCUAAAAGUAUAAAAACGAGUACAAUAAAAGUUACUAGGACACAGAAAAUUACACCCCAUGAAGAUAUUAUAUUAAAAUCCACAAAGUCUAAAUCUACGCUUGAUUUGGAUGAUGAGAUUACAAUAGACAAUGAUACAAAUGAAAUGAGUACUAUUACGAUUCCAACAUCAAUAAGUACUGAGGAAGAAAUAAACACUUCCGGGAAUAAAAAUACUACUACUGAAAAGAAAAAAGUAACCAAUAAUAAAACAACCAGCGAAACUAAGAAAAAUAAGAAGGAAGAAUCAAAGACUACUAAAAAUGGAAAAUCAAAUAAUGCACAAAAUGAAAAAAAACAAAAAGAGUACUAGAAGAGAAAAGGAUUCGGUUAAAAAGAAGACAAUACUCAACCCAUACGAUUUAAAAAAUGAUCUACUAAAAGUUUUGAGAUACUUCCCGAACGCAAAUGCAACUGCAGAAGUAAUAGGUAGAACAGUGGAAUAUAAAGAUAUUGUUUUAUUGAAAAUAUCAGAUGCUAAUGGGGACAAAAAAGUGGGAAGAGCAGACGUAAAUGAACUAAAAAAAGAUAGAGGAGAAGAUAUUGGUUCAGAUGUUGAAACCACGACCAUAAGUAAAGAUAUUGAUACUGCAAUGCAAAACGAAAAUACUAAUAAAGGGAUUGGGAUAGACAAAGAAAACAAAGUAGAAAAUGGAAACAAAAGUAAGGAAAUUAACACAGAAAUGGAUGCUGAGGGAAAGAAAAUAAUAUUUAUAGUUCACGGCCUAUCUACGUUUGAGCUAUGGAAAAUCCCGUGUCUCUACGAAACGACGCAGUUAAAAUUACUGAUUUCGUUUUAUUUAUCCCAUUUGAAGAAUUUUGACAUAUUCCUUAUUCCAGUUGCUAAUCCGGAUGGGUUUGCUAGAAGGGAUAAUGAUUGGAACAAGAACGUGUCUCCUCAUGAGGGCUGUGGUGGUGUGGCUUUGGACCGCAACUUCGAUAUCGCCUGGGCCUCCAAAUCCAAUGUGUCCUCCUGCGACCAGCUCUACCCAGGUCCUGAACCGUUCUCGGAGGCGGAAACUGAAGCUAUCAAGGAUGUGUUCCUGCGAUACGGCAAAAGGAUGGCAGCAUACAUACAUGUCCACGCCACAGACAAUAACUUCGAUUAUAGGGGCAAUACAGUUUUGAUUCCCAAGGGACAUACAGACGAAGAAUCUGACGAAGACAAAUACUUGGACCUGAAGGGUGAAAUCGACGAAGCUAUGAGAAAAGUCUUUAAUACAGCAUCUGUGAAUUUGAAGACUGUAUACAUCUGGUAUGGCCCGGUCGCUGGCACUAGCGUGGACUAUGCUGCCGAGAUAAUAGGAGUACCAUUUGCGAUGGAAUUUCUGAUGCAGCCUUAUCAAGGAACAGCCAAGAUACCAUUAAAUCAAGCCUCGUUAACGCAUAUUUGGAAAAGGGUCAUUGAUACCGUAUUUACUUUUAUACAUACAGUUAAUAAUUCUAAAGAAAGUGAUUAAACUGCGAA